CUUCUACUUCUGUUGUGUGGAGUUGCAAAGGGGCUCGCAGUUUUACUGUCGCCGUGCGUGCUCCGCAUCGCUGCUGCGUCAGGACGAUUUCACUACGAGCGGGGUGUCUAAUUGCAUUUGGAUAGCUUGUGCGCUUGUGGCCAUGUCGCCAAGGAUUGCCGUGGUUUUGAUGCGAGCUAAGUGUUUUUCGAUGCAAGAUCGACCUUCUCAUCCUUUCUCUGGAUGCUUUGUUAGUUUAGGAGCAGCGGAAGGAGUUGAUGAGCUGGUGAGCGGAGGAGGGAAAUCUUUGCUGUGGAGAGGAGAUUCUGUUCUGCAGUGGUGUCCGCACAGCGAAUUCUAAUGUUAUUCCAUGGUAGAACCCUGCCGUGAGUAUUUUAUGAAUAGGUUCUAGAGUGUGACACGGAAGAGGAGUGCAAGAAGUUUCAAGUGUAGUAUUUAGUUUUAUUUUGAUUAUUUUAGUAGGCCUGCAAGCUCAGGUAUGGGCAUUAAAGAUGUGCAGCGUCGCGGCUGAAAGAACGGAGCGAAUGGUGGGAUAUCUCCAGCUUCGUCUUUGAAAUGUUGAUUAAUGGUCGUUUCAGUUCAGAGCUCGAACGUUCUGCGACACGAAAGAGGGGGAGGUUUUGUCCUUCUUCUCUGUGUUUGUGAAUGGAGUAAAAUGGGUGUAUUUUUACUCUCAACCUUGAAGAGUGUAGCGCGUGCCUUUCAGAAUGAAACUGAAGUUUGUCAGGUGUUGCGCUGGAGGGGUUGACACUUUGUACUCUAAGUCGCUACAUUGGUGGCGGAUACUAGAUCCACAAUCGUCUCCACGGACGCUACCUCCCAAUUAGUUAUGUCAAUGGAACCGAGUAAAUGAGAAAAACCAUCUUCAACGGAGUGUCUGUUUUUGUGCGAAAGCUUAGCAAUACUUUGUUAUUCAUCCACGACGACCAUAAAGUGGAAGACGUUUUGUUUGCGCAAGAUUGUCAAGUGCUUUUGAGUAUAGGAUGCAUUUGUAGGUGAUUGUGUAGAAAGACAAGGAUAUCAUGAGGAAGAAGUCAACGCGGGCGGCUUCCGUGGUGAAGAUCCCGCUUGAAACCUGCUGCCAGCUUGAGACGCUUUCCUAUUCGACUCUUGAAGGGGACGACUUCGCUGAGGGCUUUGAGUUGCCACCCGAGCUGCUGCACGUAUCCUCUCCCGUCAAGGACCUUCCUUGCCUCUGUCUGUCCAGACGAAAAUCUCUCAACAAUUCUCAUGCGAAAAGUUUGCUGACAACCUCCAAGUCCACAGUAUCCCAUCGAAAAUCAGUCGAAUCCGCUCUACCGUUCUGUUUAGGGCCAAGAAGGCUGCAAUCUGUCAGGAGUUCAACCAACCUCGUCUCUUCUUCUGGAACGGGUACAUCAGUGCCGGUGCCAUUUCCAUUACCUCCGCGGCUGGAAGCUCCCAAAGAUAAAGUUCAACACAAAUCAGGACCACUUUCAAUGUCAAGGCAUUUAUUGAAGGAAGGGGUGAUGCUAUCAGAUCCAGCUACUGGGGUGAAGAUCAAGAAACAUCUUUCAGGACCUCUUCCAAGCAUGCAGCAGAAACCCAUACCUGGGUUGCCACCACCAUCACCUUCUACUGCUAAGAUGAAUUUUGUUGGAGGCUUAUGGAACAGGGGCGAGAAGCCUAAGUUUCUAGGAGGUGAUUUACGAAGUCGAUUUACGAAGGUGAAGCACUCCGCUCAGGCUAUGUUUUCAGCCGUUGCCCCCGGCAAGCUUCCGGGGACAGUGGUGCAAGGGAGUCUGAAGAAGGCAGUACAAUUGGCAAAGAUUACUCCCGCUCUUGACAGAAAGGGAUCGCGGGAAUCUCGGGUUUCAAGAGAUGACAGCAAUCGUAUCCCGUUCGUACUGAUCGGGAGAAAGUCUAGAGCGACCACAGCAACUGCUCCGGCAGCUAAAGCUGCGGUUGAUGAUGUUGUAUCUUUGUGUACGAGGGGUGAUGGUGCACAAUCCGCAAAGCUGGCUUUUAGAAACGUAAGGGCAAGGGUUAGCAUCUGCCCAAAUGAGAAUAAGAGAAUCUGUGCUGCUGUGAAAAUCCAAGCUGCAAUACGAGGCUACAUGGCUCGUAGAAGAUUUGCCAAUCAGUUGGCGCAGGAGCUGACAGAGGGAGAGGUUGAGGAAGCAUUGUCCCUUAGUACUCGAAUGUCGAGAACGAAUCCACAGAAGCGAGAUAAAACUCUUGUAUCUCGAGCCAAAAGAAUGGAACAAGUGAGCAACAGCUGGAAUGGAAGCCUUCGCACGGCGCAGGAUUGCGAGGCAAUUCUGAAAAGCAAGCAAGAGGCGACUAUAAAACGCGAUCGGGCGACGGAGUACGCAUCGUCGUGGCAGAAUCGGAAACUAUCGAGAUCACCGUCCAUGAAAGCAUCUGCGUUGAUUGUGGAUAACACGUUUUCGGAUAAGUCUAGCUGGGUUUGCAAUUGGCUGGAACGCGCUGCAAAAAUGGGAGCGCACAGCUCGCCGAACCGAAUAUUUGACAACGACAUUUUUGACAACGAUGAGGUAUUAUGUGAAAGUGUCUCGGCGAAGAGCUUGGUUGGAAUAUGUACCACCAACAUUGGGGGUGCCAGCGAUAUGGACCAAAAGUGUCCGAUGACAUAUCCAUGGCCCGUCUCUCUGCGGCAACAGCAUGCUGCAGGGUUGUUGCAACCAAAGACACCUCCACUGAAGAAACGCAUGCAUGGAACUUCAAAAAUUCCUCAGCAAAGUGAUUUACAGCUCAAGAAGCUUCACCAGACUGAAGAUGUACUUUCCAUGGCUAAGAGUUGUAGCACAAGCCAGAUAAACAAUGAAUUGUCAAUCAGCAAACCAAGAUACGGCAUUCGACACCUUAGGUUCGCUAAAGUUGAUGUAAAGCAGAAUUAUAAUUGGGAGAGCGUUGGAAGCUGUGCUGGACCAAUAUCCAGCUUGAGCCGCCUGCCCCCUUUUGCGAACCCGAAGCCGAGGUCUCCGAGUGGUCAGCAGCUCAGGUUGCCGAACUCAGGGAUGUCAAAAGAAGCGAUUAAGGUCCGCCCUCAAGCGUAUAGACGUUUGCAAGAGGAUCAUGUAUCAAGGCAUAUUGAUUUUGCUCUUUCUGACAGUGACUCAGCUGCAACUACGGCUGCAUCAUUGCGGCGGCCGUUCUGGCGACCCUAAGGAUGGAUUCUUCUAGACCUUCAACGCAUGUGCUUGGGUUGUAAAUGACUGCAAGCGCUGUAAACGUUCGCAGACCAGAUUGGAUAAGAGAGCGCAGAAUUGAAAGCGCGGUGUGUAAGGAGACCAUCGAGAGGUAUUACAUUCCAAAGGACUAGAAAUAUCCACAAAUGUCAUGCUCUGAACGCUAAGAAGUUCUACUGUAUGGGGUUGUGACCCUGUGGCAUAUGCAAGCUUCUUAACUCUGAUCUUCGACGGAGAAUGAUAAAGAUUUAAUCACUGAAGCGGGAAGGAGUACUUGUACUGCUUAGCGCCUGUUGCUUUAUCAUUGUUUACCAAGCUCAAGGGCAAAACUUUUCCACGACAAACUGCUGAAGCUUCUGCUAGCACAGCUGGUGUAAUAUUUUUUCCUUCGAAACUUAAAUCAUCCUUCUACCUAUGAAUAUGGCUCUUACUCAGGACUGAAUGUAUGACCUACCUAGCUCUCCUUCAGAGAAUGUUGCUCCAAGGAUGACCCUACUCCUCCGUGUGCCCCACUACCAUGGCUCCGAUUUGAACAGUUCUGCAACGGCAGCGUACGCCGGAAGGUUGUUUACUCCUAGUUUAGGUCUCUCCUAAUCCAGGUUAGCAGCUCAUGGCUUUCCAGAGUUGGCCUUUUCGAAGAAGCAGGAAACGAAUGCUGUGGAGAAGGCGUAUUCGGCUGAAUCGGUGAUCAAUCGGUGCACUACAAGCUGCAAUGCACAAGUUGGCAUUGACUGGAUCGAAAACUUCAUGUGUAUGCCUUGAGCUUUGAUCUUGUGAUAAUGGUACGCAAUUCCAACUCUCUCUCUCUCUUCACUCGCGUACCUUCAUGACUAGUCAUCGUCCUCCGCUCUGAGAUAGGAAAUGAUAAUUUCGAGAAAUGAAACCUCAGAGACAAUUGUUUUAGGAUCGUCAGGCAAGCAGACCUCUGUAUUCAUGAGGCUCUUCAACUGAUUUCUAUUGAGAUUCAAACUUACGGAAUUUGGGCAGAAUUGUGUUGAAACAAAUCGCUUUUGAUUAGUCAUCGUCCUCUGCAGUAUUUUAAAGUUACAAUCAUGUUUUGAACGGUGUUUGUAAUAAACUGGAUUGUUCAUGCUUUGA